UCUUCCUACAUGCUGUUUGUGUUUCAGACACGAUCAUGGCUUUUGCAGGCUCACAAAAGCUGGAGGAGAAACUAUGUUGCUGCAUUUGUUUGGAAAUAUUUAGCACUCCUGUGACUAUGCCUUGCGGGCACAGCUUCUGUGAGAAGUGCAUCAAUAGCCAUUGGGACAAAGAAGGAGAAGAAGAAAGACCCUCAGGCCAGAAAGUCUACACUUGCCCUGAAUGCCGAAAAACCUUCCCGGAGAGGCUAAAACUCAACAAGACGGUCCAGCUUGAUACGCUGGUAGAUCUUCUCAGGGCAGGAGAAGUGCCAGCACCUAGAGAGGAGAAGACCACCCCUGUUAAAGGGAAGGAGUGCCCAAGGCAUGGCCGGCCCUUGGUCCUCUACUGUAGGACUGAGAAGCGGGUCAUCUGCUCUGAGUGCACCGUGAAGGAGUGCCAGGAUCACAAGAAGGUCCUGGUCGAGGAUGAGCGGAAAAAACAGGAAGAGCUUGUAAAAGAAACACUGAGGAAAACUCAGAAGGAGGCAGAAAGGCUGAAGGAGGAAACCCAGAAAAUGGAGCAGCAGAUAUCCAGUGUUAAGGUAGAGUUCAUGGAUCCCACCCCCAAUAAAACAAGUGCCUUCUGUAGAAAUAGCCUGUUCUCUAUCCAUUUUCCUUUAGUGGAGAGAACAGUAAAAAUUCACAGCUGCUAA